AAAAUUGACAUUAUUAACAACCUCCAUUAAAAAAAAGGUAGCCAUUUCCCUUAAUAUAUCAGAAGAAAGUUUUGAAGAACAGUCAAGUUUUAAUAAUGAGUAUAUGGAAAAAGCAAACUUGUUUGAUAACAUGAUGGUAUUGUUAACUAACGAAAUUGCAGAGUCUACAUCAACAUCAAAAAAAGUACAACUUGCGACACUUGCUCGAACAGACUGGUUAAUAAAAAAGAUAUCUGAAACAUUGCAAGUAACAAACUAUGUAGCUCGAACUGCACGUAAGUUAACAUUAGAAAAAGGUAUUUUAACCAUGCCUAAUCCUAAAUUAGGAAAAGCUCUUCCUGGUGUAACAGUUCAACUGGUCAAGACUUUUUACGAAGACGGUGAACAUAGCCGUAUAAUGCCUGGUAAAAAGGACUAUGUAAGCAUAAAGAAAAAUGUCCACAUACAAAAACGUUUGCUUUUAUGUAAUUUAAAGGAAUUAUUUGUUGCCUAUAAAACCAAGAAACCCAGAAAUAAAAAUAAGAUUUUCAAGGUUUUGCACCUUGCGACCUAAAUGUUGUAUUACUGUUGGUGCCGCAGAAACACACCCUGUAUGCGUCUGUGCUAUUCAUCAGAAUUUGAAACUGUUUUCACAUCCUUUUGGUGUGACAUACAUAAAAUUGUUACCUUAUAUUGUCUGUGAUAUAACUAAUAAAGACUGUAUGGUGAGGAAAUGUGAAAAAUGCCCAGCAACUAUGAAUGGAUUGGAUGAAAAACAUUAUGAUAUACUUUGAGAAUUUGAAGAUGAUGAUGAGAUUGAAUUUGUUCAAUGGAUAACAACAGAUAGGUCAAACUUGACACAUAAUAAAGAGCCAGUGUUUGAAUACAUUGAACUAGUAUGUAGAAAACUCAAAAAACUUGCACCACAUUCGUAUUUGGCAAAGAGUCCUUCAUUAUACCUGAGAUCAAGAAAAGAAGAUAUCAAUAAGAGAUUUUGGUUUUACUACUAAAUGGAACUUUUUUGCAACUAGUCACGGUAAGCAACCUUGUGAUGGGAUAGGUGGUAGAGUCAAAGGUCUGGCAACAUUAGCAAGUUUGCAAAGAGAUAUGGAUAAUCAUAUUUUAUCUCCACAAACAUUGUAUAGAUAUUGCAAUGAAAACAUUGAAGGCAUAAGUUUCAUAUAUAUUUCAUCAGAAGAUUUAACUUUGGUGAGAACCGCUCUUAAAGAACGAUUGCAUACUGCUAAUACAAUACCUGGAACACGUAGUUACCAUCAGUUUUUACCACUUGGCCAUCAAAAGGUAGGCACUAAACUAUGCAGUGUUGACGAAGAACUUCAUGACUUUGGAAAUAUCCAGAUAACAACUGUAAACCUAGUACCAGGUGAUUAUGCCUGUGUUUCCUAUGAGCAAAAGUGGUAGAUUGGAGUCAUUGAAGAUAUUAAUUUAGAAGAAAAAGAUAUGCUUGUAAAAUUUAUGUGUCCUAAUGGUCCUGCACGGUUGUUUUAAUGGCCACGAAAGGAAAGCCAAUGCUGGAUUCCUGAUUUCCACAUUAUUUGCAAAGUUGAGGUACCGAUAUCAAAAACAGGACUUUGCUACUAUUAUAUAUAAAGAGGACUUAGGAGUAAAUUGUUUUCCUAAGGAAGUUGAGUUUAUGUUUAUUAGUCUAUUAUGUCUUAUCUAUUCUUUUUUUAAAUAUUAUGUUUUGUGAA